AGAGAGCAUAGGUUAAAGUUCAUUUUUCUCCUUUAAACUAGCGAGUACGGGAAUGGAGAGUAUUUACCCUUCGCCCAAGGAAUAUCGAAAUUUCUCGGACAUGGAAGAAGAGUCUGACCAAGAAUCCACAAGACCAAAUGAGAUUUGUGGGCAUUGACAUGUUUGCUUUAGCUUUCUCUAUUUGUACUUUACUCAUAUUAUUUGCAUGUACCUUUUUGUACAAAGAGCUUACAGAUACCACACGCAUACACUUUCAUUUUAUUCAAGCCUCAUAACACAGUGCCUCUCGUACAGAAACUCAUUUAAAUCUUUCCAAAUACUUCAUAGUAAAUUGAUAAAACUUGGUUUCAACAGGAACACUUUUCUGGGUAAUUGUUGCAUUGAUUUGUAUAGCAAACAUGGAGCAAAAAGUUAUGCUUUAAAAGUCUUUGACGAAAUACCAAACAAGAAUGUUGUGUCCUGGAACAUGUGUUUAAAAGUGUUUGUUCAGUCUGGUGAUGUGCACAGUGCACGCCGGAUGUUCGAUGAAAUGCCUGACAGAGAUGUUGUGAGUUGGAAUUCAAUGAUUUCGGGUUAUGCUUCACACGGGUUGUUUGAGGUUGCUUUUGGUGGUUUCUUGGAAAUGCAAAACUAUGGUAUUAGGCCUAGUGGAUAUACUUUCUCGAUUCUGAUUUCGAGUGUGCAGUUUGCUUUUCAUGGCAAGGAAAUACAUGGAAACAUGCUAAGGAGUGGUGUUGAUUUGUCUAAUGUGGUGGUAGGGAAUUCACUGAUUGAUAUGUAUGGAAACCUUGGGCUAGUGGACUAUGGUACUGGUGUCUUUUUGUCCAUGGAGGAGGUGGAUGUUGUUUCAUGGAAUUCGUUGAUUUCAGUCUGCUGUAAAUCAGGGCAUGAAGAUACAGCUCUGUCUUAUUUUUGUUUGAUGAGAGCUUGUAUAUAUUCAGCGGAUGAGUUCACAAUGUCAUCAGUGCUUAUUGGCUGUUCUAAAUUGCGCAGUUUGGAUAAGGGUAAGCAAAUCUUAUGUCUUUGCGUAAAGAUGGGGGUUUUGUGCAACACAAUUGUUUCAAGUGCAGCAAUUGACUUGUUUUCUAACUGCAACAGAAUUGAGGAUUCAGUUCGCAUAUUUGAGGAUUCAAAUCAUUGGGACACAGCUCUGUGCAAUUCUAUGAUUUCGAGCUAUGCACUGAACAGUUUAGAAGAAAAUGCCUUGCGUGUAUUUGUCCUAACUUUGAGGGAGAAUAUUAGGCCUACGGAGUUUACACUCAGCUGCAUUCUUAGCUGUGCUACAACCUUCCCUAUGGAGAUGGGAAUUCAAGCUCAUUCUUUGGUCAUCAAGUUAGGCUUUGUAUCAGAUCCCAUUGUUUCCAGUUCAGUUGUAGAUAUGUAUUGUAAAUAUGGGUUGAUCGACUCUGCCUCAAAUAUUUUCAAUGACCUACUGGCAAGAGAUUUGAUAUCGUGGAACACCAUGAUCUUUGGGUUGGCUAUCAAUGGUGAACUUACCAAAUCACUCAGCCUUUAUUAUGAACUUCUUGAAGUCGGUGGUCAACCAGAUCGAAUUACGUUGGCUGCUGUUCUGUUAGCUUGCAGCUAUGGUGGAUUUAUUGAUGAAGGUAUAGCUAUAUUUUCUUCAAUGGAAGAGGAAUAUGGAGUUAGACCUGGCAUCGAGCACUACACUUGUGUUGUGGGCAUGAUGACCAGAGCUGGUAAACUUAAAGAAGCCGGGGAUAUAAUACAAAAUAUGCCUCAUGAGCCCAACAGUGAAAUAUGGGAGUCAAUACUGCUUGCUUGUGAUAUUUAUGGAGACUUGAAAGAAACUGAAAAAGUUGCUGGAAAGAUAAUGGAGUUAGCGCCGGAGUCAUCUCUGCCUUAUUUGGUGCUAGCGCAAGUAUACGAGUCCAGGGGAAGAUGGGAGAGCCUUGUUCGGGUCAGGAAGGUAAUGAAAGAGAGAGUUGAAAAGAAAGUAACUAGUUACAGUUGGAUUAGUGUACACAACUGUGUAAAGAUCUUCCAAGCUAACGAAAUUCUUAGUCGUGGCAGUAAGGACAUAGACAUUUAUUCUACGUUGAGGCUACUGACAAAGGAUACAUGGUAUAAAGGUUAUGCAUAAGUUGCAACUGGAAGUAAUAGCUGCUAAAUGGAUAGGUAUAGUAGCACCGACGAAACAAACUGAAUUCGAUAUUGAUUCUUAAACAACAAGCAAGAUCUGCUUCAAUUCUUUAUUUUUGCUUUGCUGUAUGGGUGUGCUUGAAGUGAUAUUUAGGGUCUGAAUCUGACUCAUCUAUGUUUUGGAGCAAAUUUAAUGAUAACAAGUGAGUAGAAAAAGAAGUUUUUUUUGCAUGACUCUAGGGAAGCACCUUUGCGCUGAGAUCUUGGUGGAUAGUGAAAAUGAUGUGGACAGAGAUGGAGAGUUAUAUCAUGUGGCAAUUUGCAAUGAUGUGGUAUAAGAUUGUAUCUUUCAUUGCACAAAAGGGAUUAAGCUUUUCUAAAGUUCAAAAUCUCCACAUGCAUACGAUGGAACCCCACCAAGGGUAAAAGGAUAUUCAUUUCGUUUCUGGAUACUGAAUUGGAGCAACACCGUAGAACUCAGAAUGUUGCAUCUGACAAAAACCUAUCUUUUGAAACUUAAGCUGCCUAGCUGGUUUAUUUUGGCCUAUAGAGAGGCAUUCACUUCAUAAAUAUGGGAUCAUUCUUUCAGCUAGAGUAGUUUUAUACGUCUUAAUCAAGCACCAACCAUCUUUAACAAUGAUCAUCCAGCAGCGGAUAUUACUCAUAUAACCUCUCCGUGUCUUGAUUGCCUCAUCAUAGAGUGUGAAGGUCGAGAGAUGCUGAGCUUGACUGGAAAGACUAAAAGGUAAUCUAGAAUCCUCUCUCUUUAACCUGUGAAGCUAACAGGUUUAGAAAUAAUUGAGUGUUCACCUUGUAUGUUAGUUUGCCUCUUUUCUCAUUCUUUGAUUUUAUGAUAAU